GGAGGUAAAAUUUUGCGGGAAGAAAGAAUACGGAAAUGGCAGAGAAAAAACGAAAGAAAUUGAGUUUGAAACGUAAAACGAUUUCUAGUAAGUCGUUGCUAUUCAAUUCUAUUGGACAAAGAUUAGAGUCAUUGCAAGCAGAUGACAACGAUAAAGCUGCAGAAAAUAACAUCAUUAAUUUAUCAUCAGACUCUGACACGGACGGGGACUUGACAGAAAAGCAACCCAAAAAACGUUCAAGAUUCAGCGACAUAUCAAAACAUUCGGAUGGUGGAGGUCUUAAAAAUGAUAGCCAUGACGCGGCCAGAUCGAUUCAAUUUCAAUCAGGACACGUGUUCAGUGGAACCACAAAACAGUCUUUGUUUCUUGACGUUGAUGAAGAUCUCCGUAAACUGAGGAUGAUGUUUUUAAAAUUUCAAGCACCCAAAAUUGAUGUCAGAGCCCUCUCCGACCUUCCUGAAUUUACAACUGCACAGACAGUUCAGAUCCCAGAGUCAAAUGAGGACGAGAAAGAAAAUACAGUGUUAUCUGCGCUGCCUGCAAUGUGUGAAAAGUGUUUAAGAAGAAAACCGUCAGACUACAGUAAAUUGUAUGACGAUAUUAUAAAACAGGAACUACAGACAGAUAGUUCUCUAAGUGAACACCAGAGGUCAUCACAAUCUUUCACCAAGGGACACAACUCUGGAUGCAGAGGUAUCAGUAAAGGAGAAACUGGACUGACAGGUUUUAGAUCAUCUUCUGAAAAGAAAACAGAUUUAAAAAAGGAGGAAUUUUCAUUCCCAAAAAGAAAUAUGAAUUUGUCUUCAGAGUUCAGCAGUCCAAUUCAAGGAGAUUAUGGACACAGGGUGAAGAAAUGUAGUUCUAUAGAUUCUCAAAAUAGUUCAGUGCAUUCCAAAAAUGAUAAUAUGAAAGGGGAAAAUGGAAAAGCCAAUAUCCCGGCCAACCAACAUGUGUUAAGCAGUGUUUCAACACAACCGGUUAAUAUACAACAGGGUAGUGUGAGGGUACAGCCUGUUAAAAUACCAGCGGACUGUAAAAUGGCAAAAUCAGACAAUUAUUUAAGGACACAACCAACAUCAUCUGCACCACAUAGGAAAAUUCCAGUUCAUUCAGUUGAAAGAAACAUUAGCAGUAGAGAAGAAAAUGUUACAAGAAUGGUUAGGACUGGCCCUGCAUCUUGUCCCCCAGAUAGAACACACAGUGAGGUCCGACAGUCUGUAAAAGUCAAAAGGCAGACUGUCUUACCAUCUACAGAAACAGACAGCAAGGUUACACAACACAAAAUAGUCACUCCAAAUGUGGUUGUCUUCAAAGGAAAGGACAGUGCUGAUUCACACGUGGGGAAAUCUGAUGUUACGAAGCCGAUGUCAGAAAGCAGUUCUAGUGUCCAGUGCUGCCCUCUAUGUCCAGACCACUUUUGAUGUGCAGACUACACAAAUGGAUAUAGAUGGACACAUUGCCCUUUGUUUAUCAAUGUCUGGGGAUGAUGCAACUUGGUGAGAAACAAUGGCACCUGUUCUCUAUGUCAAACUCCAUGGAAAAUGCACUGGAUAAAUUGGACCGAAUACAUAGCCGGUUCUGUUUUUUUCUAAAUGGAAAUAAAGUUUGAUAUGUAUCUUUAAAUUAAGAACC